AUUUGGAACCAUGGCAAAGCGAUCUUUUAUUAGCUUGGAAUUAGCUGGUUUUCUUUGCGAUUAUUUGGAGUUCAGUGAAGAGACUAUAAGAAGUGGAAAUUCUAAAAUUAAGGAUCAAGAUAAUGAUGAAAUUUGCAACGAAAAAAAUCAAAAUAAGAAAGAGAAAGAAGAUGAGUUAUCUGUUAAAAAUCUCGAUCUUUUAGUCUUGAAGACAAAUCAAAAUAAUUUAGAUGAUGCUCAAAUUAACAAAAUUCCUGUAAAUAUUAGUGAUUUUGAAGGCACACACGAAGAUGCUGAUAAUGACAAUGAUUCUGGCCUUAAAGAUGAUGGUUCUGACAUUAAAGAUGAAGGUUCUGACCUUAAAGAUGAUGGUUCUGACCUAAAUCAUGAUGGUUCUGACUUAAAUGAUGAUGGUUCUGCCCAAAGAGAUUAUGGUUUUGGCCUAAAUGAUAAUUGUUCUGACCUAAAUGAUGACGUUUUUUACAAUGACGAAAUCAAUGUAACCGAAAUACAAAACAAGGUGGUAUCCAAAGAACAGGAGGACUGGAAUCAGAGAAGUUAUGAAGAAAGAGAUGAAAACAUGGAAGCAAGAAAGGAUAUCGAAGCGGAGAAGAAUAAGAAACACAAUGAAAAGAUGAGAAAUAAUGAAGAUCAAGGAUUGGAAACAAAAUCAGCAGAAAAUACGGAAAGGAUAAUAUAUCCUAAACGAAAGAGUUUUGUCUAUUCCAGUUUAAAUAUCAACGACGGUGGACAAUAUUCAGACAACGAAGUGAGCAGACAGAGCUCUGUGGAUUCUGGCUGUUACAGUGACAGCACUUGGAAACCUGACAGAUGGAUGCUAGAACCUGACAGACGGUUGUCAGAACCUAACAGACGGUUGUCAGAACCUAUCAGACGAAUGUCAGAAUCUGACAGACGGUUAUCAACACAUAACAGACGGCUGUCAGAACCUAACAAAAUAGCAAAGGAUUAUAAAAGGCCUGUAAUAUCCUUUAAAACUUUACUGAAGACUAGAAGUCUGGAAAAACAGAUGGAGGUAGCUCAUGGGAGGAGUAGGAUUCCUUCAAGACAGUUUCCUAUCUUAUCAGCUUUAUCAGAUCAUAACUCAGAUUCUGAUGAGGAACAUUCUCACUCCAGAUCAAGUUUUAAAAGAGAUGGAUCAGGAAGAAUUAGCACACUCAGCAAAAAUAGCGCAGGAUCCGCCCAGCUGGAAAGACAAAUUCUCAUCAGAUCCCUUCAUUUUCUGGACUUAGCAGUCCUGGACAGUAUGAACAGCUUGCUUUCCACUUCUUUGUCUACAUUCACAGACUUGAAUACCAAUAGCCACAACCUCAACAGAGAAAAGGCUUUAAAGGAGGAAGACUUUAGCGGUCACAGAGAGUAUAGACGAAGAAGCAAACAAUAUGAAGCCGAACAUAUCACAUCAGAUGACCGGAACAAUAGUACUGAGAGAAUAUAUGAUAUCCCGGCUAUAGUAACUAAAACUGACGUGGAUUGUAGACAUCAUCAAAGGAGAAAGAAAACCUUAGGGGCUGACGUUAAAGCCAAACAUCAAGAUCAACUGCCUCCAGGAGUUCAACAACAUAAUCGUCAUUCCCAGUUUGAUGAUGUUGUUUGGCUACGCGAGCAUCCAAAAGUUGAACGUACAAGCAGGAGCUAUGAAGUUAUCAAUAUUCCAAUAGACGGACCGGGUUUGAAUUAUCGCAGGCGAAGAUCGGAAAUUGAGAUCAAUACUCAAGAACUAUUGAUAAAGAAGUCUGAAAGAGGGUUUGAUAAACCAAAGCCUCCUGCUGGAAGGUAA